GCCUGAUUGUUGACAAUGACAUCGAUAAGAGGCUGGCAUUUCUUUCUGUUCUAACCAGCUACUUUAUAACUGAAUAGUAACUAUGCGUAUUUGUUGGUCAGCAAAGCCAAGGAACAAGAGCUAUGGCAGUUGAAAAAGUCUGUCUGAUUUCAGGUUAUUUUUCCUGGGUUUCAUCAUUAGAGACCUUCUCCUUUUCAUCUCAUCAACAGUGUGGUAUCUUUUACCAUUCGAUAAAGAGUAAGGACAUGUCCAUUGGUCAGCAACCAGAACUUAAAAUCUGCUGGAAUAAGGUCAGAGACCAUUUCAAUUACAGCUGAGGAAAAUGAAAUUUCCAUUUUAUUCCGUGCCUUGUGCAGGGAGCACACUAACUCUUAACAGAAAGGUGUGAGUGAAAAGAGAUUGAGUUUGUCUAAUAGAAACUCACGGUUAUGGCGAGUGACCCAACGUGAUUAGAGGGGGCAAAAGCCACACAGGAACUCAUGACGGGCUAUACCAUGUUGCGGAAUGGGGGAGUGGGGAAUGGAGGUCAAACCUGUAUGUUACGGUGGUCCAACCGGAUCCGACUCACAUGGCUCAGCUUUACGCUCUUCAUUAUUCUGGUGUUCUUCCCCCUGAUUGCUCACUAUUAUCUCACCACUCUGGAUGAGGCUGAUGAGGCAGGCAAGCGGAUUUUUGGCCCAAGGGCUGGUAAUGAACUAUGUGAGGUAAAGCACGUGCUGGAUCUUUGCCGGAUUCGUGAGUCUGUAAGUGAGGAGCUCUUGCAGCUGGAAGCCAAGCGGCAAGAGUUGAACAGUGAAAUUGCCAAGCUGAAUCUGAAGAUUGAAGCCUGUAAGAAGAGUAUUGAGAAUGCCAAGCAGGACCUGCUUCAGCUCAAGAAUGUUAUUAGCCAGACUGAGCACUCUUAUAAAGAGCUGAUGGCGCAAAAUCAGCCCAAACUUUCUCUGCCUAUCCGAUUGCUUCCAGAGAAGGAUGAUGCUGGUCUUCCUCCCCCAAAGGUCAUACGGGGAUGCCGGCUGCACAAUUGUUUCGAUUAUUCUCGCUGUCCUCUCACCUCCGGUUUUCCAGUCUAUGUAUAUGACAGUGACCAGUUUGCCUUUGGCAGCUACCUGGAUCCCUUGGUCAAGCAGGCUUUUCAGGCUACAGCACGAGCCAACGUGUAUGUUACAGAAAAUGCAGACAUUGCCUGCCUUUAUGUGAUAUUAGUGGGAGAAAUACAAGAGCCAGUAGUGCUUCGGCCUGCCGAACUUGAGAAGCAGCUCUCUUCUUUACCACAUUGGCGGACGGAUGGACACAACCAUGUCAUCAUCAAUCUGUCACGGAAGUCGGAUACACAGAACUUACUAUAUAAUGUCAGCACAGGCCGUGCCAUGGUGGCUCAGUCUACUUUCUAUGCUUCCCAGUACAGACCUGGCUUUGACUUGGUAGUAUCGCCACUAGUGCAUGCCAUGUCGGAGCCCAACUUCAUGGAAAUCCCACCACAGGUGCCAGUUAAGCGGAAAUAUCUUUUCACCUUCCAGGGUGAGAAGAUUGAAUCACUGAGAUCCAGCCUUCAGGAGGCCCGCUCUUUUGAAGAAGAAAUGGAAGGUGACCCUCCAGCCGACUACGAUGAUCGUAUCAUUGCCACCUUAAAGGCUGUACAGGACAGCAGGCUAGAUCAGGUCCUGGUAGAAUUUACCUGCAAAAACCAGCCUAAACCCAGUCUGCCUACUGAGUGGGCACUGUGUGGUGAGCGUGAGGACCGCUUGGAAUUACUGAAGCUUUCCACCUUCGCUCUCAUUAUCACUCCUGGGGACCCUCACUUGGUUAUUUCAUCUGGGUGUGCAACACGGCUCUUUGAAGCCCUGGAAGUUGGUGCUGUCCCAGUUGUGCUAGGGGAGCAAGUACAGCUUCCUUACCAGGACAUGCUGCAGUGGAAUGAGGCAGCCCUGGUGGUGCCCAAGCCGCGUGUUACCGAGGUUCAUUUUCUGUUACGAAGCCUCUCAGAUAGUGAUCUGCUGGCUAUGCGGCGGCAAGGCCGCUUUCUCUGGGAGACUUACUUCUCAACCGCUGACAGUAUUUUUAAUACCGUGCUGGCUAUGAUUAGGACUCGCAUACAGAUCCCAGCUGCUCCCAUCCGGGAAGAGGCAGCAGCUGAGAUCCCCCAUCGGUCGGGCAAAGCGGCUGGAACUGACCCUAACAUGGCCGACAAUGGGGACCUGGACCUGGGGCCAGUAGAGACGGAGCCGCCUUAUGCCUCACCCAAAUACCUCCGCAACUUUACUUUGACUGUCACUGAUUUUUACCGCAGCUGGAACUCUGCUCCGGGGCCUUUCCAUCUGUUCCCCCACACACCCUUUGACCCUGUGUUGCCCUCAGAGGCCAAAUUCUUGGGCUCAGGGACAGGAUUUCGGCCUAUUGGGGGUGGAGCUGGGGGUUCUGGCAAGGAGUUUCAGGCAGCACUUGGAGGCAAUGUUCCACGAGAGCAGUUCACAGUGGUGAUGUUGACCUAUGAACGGGAGGAAGUGCUUAUGAACUCUCUAGAGAGACUGAAUGGCCUCCCUUACCUGAACAAGGUAGUGGUGGUAUGGAAUUCUCCCAAGCUACCGUCGGAGGACCUUCUGUGGCCCGACAUUGGCGUCCCCAUCAUGGUGGUCCGUACUGAGAAGAACAGUUUGAACAAUCGAUUCUUGCCCUGGAAUGAAAUUGAGACAGAGGCCAUCCUGUCUAUUGAUGAUGAUGCUCACCUCCGCCACGAUGAAAUCAUGUUUGGGUUUCGGGUGUGGAGAGAAGCACGGGACCGCAUUGUGGGUUUCCCUGGCCGUUACCAUGCGUGGGACAUCCCUCAUCAGUCCUGGCUCUACAACUCCAACUACUCCUGUGAGCUGUCCAUGGUGCUGACAGGUGCUGCCUUCUUUCACAAGUAUUAUGCCUACCUGUAUUCUUACGUGAUGCCCCAGGCCAUCCGAGAUAUGGUGGAUGAAUACAUCAACUGUGAGGACAUUGCCAUGAACUUUCUUGUCUCCCACAUCACUCGGAAACCCCCCAUCAAGGUGACCUCUCGGUGGACCUUCCGAUGCCCAGGAUGCCCUCAGGCCCUGUCACACGAUGAUUCCCACUUUCAUGAGCGGCACAAAUGUAUCAACUUUUUUGUCAAGGUGUAUGGCUAUAUGCCCCUACUGUACACUCAAUUCAGGGUGGACUCUGUGCUCUUCAAGACCCGCCUGCCCCACGACAAGACCAAGUGCUUCAAGUUCAUCUAGGGGCAUUGCAAGUUUUGGGGAGAGGAUGAGCAGAAUGGGGGAGAUGGUUCCUAAGGUUCCUAGACGUUGAAGGGCCUCAGGGCCACCUGCUGGGCGGGUGGCCCAAACCCUCUGCUGGGAGAGGUGGCGGGAAGAGUGGGAAGGACAUAGCCUUCUUUCUCUUAAAGUCGGCCACACUGGGCCCGGAACCCUGGUCGGAGGACACAGGGGUUCCCUACACAGGGCACUGACUGAUAGCUUACACUGAGGAUCAUGGGGACUCCGGGGAGUCACUCACGCAGUUCAUAAGCCCAGGACAGCUGGUUUGUGGUUUUUAAAUUCAGUAACAACUAUUAUUAUUAUUUAAAA